AGGUGGUCAUUGUGGACAUCGUCCAUCGCUGCAACCACCUCAUUGCAUUGACAGGCAGGCAGCUGUUCACCUCCAAACAAAGAGCACAAGUGAUGGCGGCGGACGCCUUGGAUCAUGUCAAUAUCGGUAUCAAUCUCUCUACCCUCAUGAAACGGUUGGAGGCCGUCACGAGUCGCCUUGAGGAUUUGGAAGCACCCACGACAUCACGCGUAAGCAAGACGUUUGCCGGUACUGAUUCAUCGACACCCAGUCUUGGCGCAGGUGCGGUGACGGCCUCUUCCAACACACCAACAGCUACCAAAAGCGCUACGGCUGCAGAAACGCCAGUGUCGCCAGCAGUCAAGGGCUAUGAUGAUUUGAUGGCUGACCAUCUGAGCCAAUUCAUGUCCCUCUCGGCACAGGUCGGUGGUCUUGUGCAGGAACAAGCAGGUUUGGUGGAUGCUGCCUUUCAGACACAACGCGCCCUCAUCCUGACUGCCUCGCAAGCUACAAAACCCGACUUGACGAGCAGUGAGUUUACAACGGCAUUGAAGCCUUUGCAAGAGAAGAUUGUGGCUAUUGGAGACUUGAAGGAUAAGAAUCGUCCAUCUCCAUUAUUCAACCAUCUUUCCGUCGUUGCAGAGGGUAUCCCGGCACUGUUUUGGGUGGCUGUUGAACCGACUCCUGCGCCGCAUGUGGGUGAUCUCAAGGAUAGUGCUCAGUUUUGGGCAAAUCGAGUCAUCAAGGAGUACAAGGAAAAAGAUCCUCAACAAGUCGCUUGGGUACGCAGUUUCGUUGCCUUAUUGACGGAAUUGCAGAAAUAUGUCAAGCAAUGGCAUACCACUGGUCUAACGUGGUCUGCUCAGGGAAAACCGCUUGCUGAUGUCUUGGCAACGUCUCAAACGGCUGCACGUGGUGCUGCACCGCCUCCACCUGCUGCAGGUGGUCCACCGCCUCCUCCACCACCAGGUCCACCACCGCCACCCUUCAUGGGUGAUGCGCCCGGUGCUUCAAAGUCUGCUGCGUCUGGUGGUGAUAUGAAUGCCGUCUUUGCGUCUUUGAAUCAAGGGUCCGCGGUCACGUCUGGCUUGAAGAAGGUGGAUAAAUCACAAAUGACACACAAGAAUCCAGCGCUUCGAGCAUCCUCUGUCGUUCCUGAUGCUGCCAAGAAGACCACAGCAGCGACUUCUGCCACAACAAGCAAGACUGUAGCCAAGAAGCCGGCAAGAAAGGAGUUGGAAGGGACGAAGUGGUUGAUUGAGCAUUUCGAGGGUGAAACGGUGACGGUGGAUGAGAUUGAACUCAGUCACUCUGUGUAUGUCUACAACUGCAAAAACACCACCAUUCAAAUCAAGGGCAAGUUCAAUGCCAUUUCACUGGAUGGAUGUACAAAGACUGGGGUUGUGGUGGAUACGCUUGUGUCUUCGGUGGAUCUCAUCAAGUGCAAGUCUUUUGCCGUGCAAGUACUCGAUCGCUGCCCAACAAUUGUCUGUGAUUCUUGCGAUUCCGGACAGAUUUACCUGUCGCAAGCUGGUUUGGCGUGUGAGAUACUGACGAGCAAGUGUUCGUCUGUCAAUGUGAGUCUACCGACGGGCGAUCAGGGUGAUUUCAAGGAGGAAGCGGUGCCGGAGAUGUUGAAGCAUACGGUUGUGGAUGGGAAGCUCGUGACGAGUAUCGUGGAGUAUCACGAUUAAUUGGCUAUGCUGAUGCUAAACUAUG